AUGUGGACCCCACCUUUGUCGUUUCGCCAAGGCAUGUACGACCUCCAAGUCAACGCCGAUCCGACGCUGCGUCCUGUGCAGGAGAAGCGCCAGCGACACCGCGAGGCCCAGCGUCGGUACCGGUACCUCAUCGCGCUCGAAGCGAGCGCACUCGACGACGAAAUCCCGCUCCUGGAGCAGCGCCUGGCUCAGCUGCAAUGUCAACAAACACAGAAAGCGCGUGCUACCUCGCACGUUGCGUGGAAAGACAUUGCACUUGCGCUCGAGGAAGAGGCUUUGGCAAGUCAAGAGGUUCAACGGGCUCUACGGCAGCAAGUCGCCGAAGCCGAAACCCGCGCGUCUUUGCUCGCUGCGUGGGUACAGCGCGUGACAGCGCCGCAGUCGUCGCCGAGUCGCCCUUUGGCGGGCCUGUUGGACGAACCCGUGAGCCGCACGACUAGCGCUGUCUGGAUCAUGGACCAGCUCCACCAGCGAUUUCCACAGCUCUACGCGCAGGCACCGUUCCCGCGUGACGUUACGAGCUCGCCAUUCGUGCGCGUCUGCGUCUCGGAGCUUGAAAACACGCACUGUACUGCCGUGCACCAGCAAUACGUGGUGCCGUCUCCGUUGCACGCCGUGCGGACGGCAUGCGAGAACACAGCGGCCACCGAGAAGAUGGAAUGUCUUGGCGACGACAUUGUCUACUGUCGCGACACGAAUGCCACACACAACCUGCUCAUUCGAACGAUUCAAGAGCCUAGCAUGUUCCUCCGGCUUGUCCAAGGAAUCGAGGACGACCCCAAGCAGCCGCUACAAGGGUACACGCGUAGCUGGACGAGCUGGACCAUGGGCACAGCGUUGAGCGAUGGCACGACGCUGCUGCAAAAAGGCUACGACUACUCUGGGUACCGAGUCCACGGCGCGUUCGCGCCACUGGAAGACGUUGAGCCCGUGGUUCAAGCGCUCGUGGCCAACAAUGUGCCGCGCACCGAAUGGCGCGCUGCGUGCGAAGCCGCGUAUCAAACGUACUAUGAGAUUGAAAUGCACAACGAUAUCGCCGUCUUGAUCGACACGAUUGCGCGCCUCGGAACGAGCGCGACAUGA